AAAAUAUUUCUAUCGUAAAAAAUGAGAAAACCAAAAAUAUUUCAUACUAUGCUUGCGUCAGCAAAAAAAUACUGCACAAAGGUUUCCUCGAGUUCAAAUGUAAACAAAAAUUUAGAAAAUCUUAAAAUUGGUAAUAGAGUUUCUAUUCAAAGAACCGUAACAGAGGAUGAUGUCCUUAGAUUUAUAAAAUUAAGUAAUGAUUAUAAUCCAAUACACAUAAAUUGCGCAAAAAAUAUUGUUCACGGAGCCUUUUUAAAUAGUCUGUUAUCUGGAAUUAUUGGUACAAAAUUACCUGGUCCUGGUACAGUUAUUAUAGAACAAAUCUUAAAAUAUCCAAAUCCUUGUUAUGUUGGUGAUACAGUUGAAAUUUCAGUCGAAAUUAUUUCUGUAAGAAAAAUGGUUAAAUGCAAAUAUACCUGUAUAGCAAAUUCAGAAAGAAUUGUUAUGGAAGGAGAGGCUAAAUUAAUAACAAAUAGCAAUAUAACUAAAAAAAUUAUACUUAUGAAAUAAAUUAAUAU